AUGGCACUGGCCGGUCCCACCUCUUUGGAGGUUGGGAGAUCGCCUUCCACAUCCUCAGCAGGCUCUGCUCCACUGGCUGAGGACAAACUCCGCAUGGUGAGCAUAUUCGGUGGUGACACAAUAUGCUUUGAUUGGAAACCGGAUGAACCUCAGAAAAAUUCGGAGCUCGUUUCAAUCCUGUUUGAGGUGAUAGGCCUAUGUAUAAAACGUCUUCCGUGCGCCCUGCCAACGAUUUUUGCUCAUUUGGAUAAUGGAGCUUCCACUUUCAAUAACGUGGAUAAGACAAAUUUGGAGGAGGUCCGCGCUGUGAUAGAAGAUUUCAACAAAGUCGCUGCUCCAUAUGCUAAACUCUGGAAAGGACAAACAAAUCCAGCGUUUGAGUCGUGGAGCCAGGACAGAGCUGAUGUGGAGCUGUUGACUAUAAUUUGCAGUCUUUCAUUUAGCCGGGCGGUUUCAAACCCCCAACUUCUAAACAAUCAUUAUGCACCUUUUAGCAGUGGGGUAUAUGGCGAGACGUCGUAUGAACAAAUGCAAUCUAUCAUUGAUCAAAUAGGUUUUCGUGAAUCAGAUGUCUUUCUGGAUCUAGGUUGUGGAGUGGGACAGUUGGUGCUGUACGUUGCAGGAGGGACUAGGGUGAAACGGUCUGUUGGUAUUGAAAUUAACGAUUUACCGGCGAGGUACGGAGCGGCAAUGGGCGAGGACUUUUCAAAGUGGAUGAAAUGGUGGAAGAAAAAAUGCCGUCCAUUUCAACUCUUCCACGGCGAUAUGCUGGACGAACGAUUCAGGAGCAUGAUCACUCAGGAGGCUACGAUCAUCUUCAUCAACAACUACGCUUUCGAGCCGGAGCUCGAUCUUCACAUCAAAAACAUGCUUGCGGAUUGUCAUGUAGGUACCCGGAUCAUCUCAACGAAGGCUUAUGCAACCGGGACGAAGAGAGUAAAUAUGCGGAACUUGGGAGAUGUCGAGGCAAUAAUGGAGGUCAGCCAACUGAAGACAGUGAAACAACCGACCUCAUGGACACCGAACAACGUGCCAUAUUAUCUGCAUACCGUAACACAUAGUAAGAUGAUGAACUUUUUCACUCAGCGUAAAAAUGGUGGUGGUGAGCUUUCGCGAUCAGUCUCAUCGUCGAGCAAAUCGGGUUCGAGAUCUCCAGAUAGUGUGGAGAGAAAUCGUGUUCAGAGAAGCAGCGAAUUGGUCAAGUCAGAAGGAGAAGAUGUUCAUGGAGAUAGCGACGCGAAAGCUCAUGGUCCUACGACUCGUAACCGGUGGAAAGUGUAUGUGAAUCAAUGUGAAGAAAAAAAGAAACGAGGCUCUCCAAUGCCUGGAAGUCCACGUUGGAACGAAGCUGAUACGGACUAUGUGCCUCCGGGGAUGAAAAAAUCGAGAAAAUCUCACCAUGGAAACGGAUCACAUCACAGGAGCGAAAGCUCGAAGAAACAAGCUGUUCGUUCACGGCCCGUGGCUCGUGUAUCCGAAGAUGCUCGUGAAGGUAUAGAGAAAAUGCAUGCCAUGAUAACAACACCACGUCCAUUGGAUACGAACAUUGAUGAGGGACUAGUACGCGUUGAUAUACCUAUUACUCAUAACGAGAGGUUGUAUAGUGAAGGAGAGGAGCUUAACGACGGCAAAUCCGUUGUACGGAUCAUUGACAGAGAAACUGAGAAAGUGCUUUCCAUCAAAAAUCCAAUGGAAGCAAUUUUCUUGAGCUUCAUGAACCAAUUUGUACAGUUCAUGGAAUAUAUGAAAACGGAUAGUUUCAUUGCUGCAUUGGAGAAAGAUAUUGCUCACGAGAAGGCACGUAACGCUGAAUUACAAGAGCGUGUCCGUCAGGCGAAUGCAGCGGUGGCCGCACAGAGAUCGCAAGGUGUUAACGCUCUGUACGAAAGAUUAAGUGAUCUUGGAAUGAGUGAUGUUGAAACGCCAACUGAACUAUUGCAAGGUUCCAAACAAAUUGUGGCACAUCACAAAGAUUUGAAUCAACGUGUUUCCUGCUAUGAAACCGAGGUCGCUAUGUUGGAAGGGAAAAUUCGAGCAGUUCGACCAUUUGGUGACAAGUUGAUUGAAGCCCUUCACUCUGUCGGUGACAAUCCUGUUAACAUUGAAGAGCUGCUGCAGACUGUACUUCAACAGACUGGAAAUGAAAACGCAUCUGUAUCACUGCGUUUGGAAUCGGAAAAUGAAGGUGUCGAGGGUUUGCUGAUGUCCCCUACCGGUGGACCAUCCAAUAUCAACACCAGUCAUGUGGGUAAUACGACGCGUAGACCUCGUCAACGUCCUCGAACUGGACCCGGUGCAAGAGCAAAAGGAAAACCUGAAGAAAACUCCGAAGAAAUGCAAAGGCAGAUCAAUGAAAUUGUGCAAGCGGCGUUAAAGGUGGACAGCGCUGCAAAGGAGAAGGAACGUCGUUCUAGAGGUGCUGAACGUCCUGCUCGUCGUUCUGGAGCCAUAAACAGCAACUCUGACUCUGUAGGCGUCCCUCUACAACGUACCGCUCCAUUUCCGGUUACGUCACGUCGAGAAGAUGUUGAGAUUGAUUCUGUGCCGGUUACUGUGGCUGCCAACUCAUCUCAAUUGGCUUAUUCCACUGUAACACCUUCUUCAGGAAGUGCAUAA